AUGAGGGAAUAUGAAGCAUUGGGACACAUGACAAAAUUCAGCGGUAGCGAAAUAGUAUCUCCCCAAUAUUUCAUCCCUCACCACUGUGUGCUACGUCCAGACAGCUCAACAUCAAAACUGCGAGUUGUAUUUGACGCAUCAGUACACAAAUUAUCAGGGCCAUCACUAAAUGACAUAAUGUUUAAUGGUCCAAAAGUUCAAGACGAACUGUUUUCGAUUUUGCUCAGAUUUAGAAUGCACAAAUAUGUUUUAAAAACUGAUGUGGAAAAAAUGUACCGUCAAAUAUGGGUUAACAAAGAUGAUCGAAAUCUGCAACUCAUAAUGUGGCGAGAAAAUCCCACAGAACCACUUAAUUAUUAUCAGUUGAACACAGUUACUUAUGGCACAAGAGCAGCACCAUAUUUAGCAACACGUUGUCUAACAAAAUUGGCGGAUGAAUAUCAAGGAAAUUAUUUAUAUGGCGCCACAUCUUUAAAAAGGGAUUUUUAUGUUGACGACGGUCUAAUAGGAGCUGAUACCAUCAACGAAGCGUUACUAAUUCAACAACAAUUAAUAACAAUUCUAGACAAGGCUGGAAUGAAACUAAAAAAAUGGUGUGCAAACAACCCGAAACUUUUACAUGGAAUCGCUACAGAAGAUCAAGAAGUAAAUCUCAAUUUUGAUUCCAAGGAAACCCAAUUCACAAAGACGCUGGGUCUUUUAUGGUUACCAAAGUCAGAUUCAUUUCGUAUCAAGGUUAACAUUCGAGACCAUAGUCACACAACAAAACGAUCUAUGAGCUCCGAUUUGGCACACAUAUAUGACCCCUUGGGUCUUAUUGGCCCAAUCUUGGUCACCGGUAAAAUCUUGUUGCAAGGAGCAUGGCAGCUAAAACUCGAUUGGGAUGAUGAUCUUCCGUCAGAAAUACGUAAACAAUGGACAUCGUAUAGAGAAGAUCUGGCCUUGUUGGACAAUGCAACAGUUGUGAGGCACGUAUUCAGCAGUCAAGGCUACAGCCAUGUUGAGCUGCACGCUUUUUGUGACGCCUCAGAAAAGGCUUAUGGUGCAGCAGUAUACAUUAGAACAUUAAGUGCUAAAGAAAUAUUACAAGAUCAGAAAGGAGUCGCAACAGUAAAAGACUUGCCUAAGCCAAAAAAUAUAAAAGAACUUAAAGCCUUUACAAACAGGGUCAACUUUUAUAACAAUUUCAUUCCAAAUGGAAUCGAAUCAAUUAAUUGGGGACCGCAGGAAAAAAAGCAUUUACAGCAUACAUUGUGA